AUGGCUACAUCAGUUCAAAAACCGCGACAAAGGAGACAACUCAGAGUUCGAUCGUUUCGAGCCUGCGUGACAUGUCAUUCGAGAAAGGUUCGAUGUGAUGCUCUGAGCAAAGGGAUUCCUUGCACCAACUGCGCUGCAUUUAAUAUCAGGUGUCAAGUUCCAGGCAUAGAGGAACCUCUGGUGAGCACUCUGACCAGCCGCGGAAAAGGGGGGCAGAAGAUCGCACAGAGAGAUUCCUCAAGCACCCUCACCAGUACGCCAGCCUCAAGUACUCAGGCGUAUCAAACAAGUCCCCGGCAAGAUGGAGUUGCGUCACUAACCAAAUUCAAUGUUCUGCCUAUCACAUCGGCAGGCCAUGUUCUUUACAUUGGCGAGUCUGCAGGCUUUGACCUCCUUCUUCGUGGAACCCAAAGCCCCGUACAUUUCCCCAUGCCUCAGGAUACACAUGUGCUGUCAAUUCCUGCUGGACUGGACCCUCUCGAGAUACAGAUCCUGAAGCGAAGAGGGGCCUUUGUACUACCUCCGAAAGCGCUUUGUGACGACUUGAUAAAGACCUACUUUUCUUGGGUUCACCCGAUUGUACCUGUUAUUAACCGUACAAAAUUCAUGUCACAAUAUCGAGAUGCCAGGAAUCCUCCCUCGAUGCUCCUUCUUCAGUGUAUCUUACUGGCCGGUGCCCGAAUUAGCACAAACUCGCAGUUGAAAGUUGACGGAUCAACUUCAACUGCCGUUGCAACAUUUUAUCGACGCGCAAAAGCCCUUUAUGAUGCCGACUAUGAGCGCGAUCGAAUAAUCUUGGUUCAAUCAAUGCUCUUGAUGGGGUGGUACUGGGUUGGCCCUGAUGACAUAUCCAAGAACAUGUUUUAUUGGAGUCAAUCCGCAAUCACUGUUGCUCAGAAUUUCGGUCUCCAUCGCAGCAUGGAAGACUCGAGACUGUCAAUAAGUGACAAGAGGCUGCGUAGGCGGAUUUGGUGGACGCUAUUCACUCGAGAUCGCGCUUUAGCUGUUGGCCUGGGACAAUCAGUAUCCAUCAAUCUCGAUGAUUGCGAUGUCGACCUGAUAGUCGACGAUGACUUCAUCGAGCAUGAUGGGAAUGAUAUCGACGAAUACCCGCCCGAUCCUAUUCAUGUGGAAUUUUUCGUCCAACAUGGUCAAGACUGCAACGACAUCAACUCGAUUAGUGCAGCCUUUUCCAAAUGGAACCAGGAGUGCCCUAUUACCAUGCGCUGGGAGAGAUCGAAGCACCAUUUUUGGUCUGGAAUACUGUACCUGCACUACUUUAGCGCUCGUUGUCUGCUGCAUCGCGCAAGCUCCCCUCGCAACAGAAAGACUUUGCAAGACACAAAACAAUCUUAUGGAUCACCAGAUGGGGCUGUUCGCGCAGCAAAUAUGAUUACCUCGAUUAUUGAAGCCCUCAGCGACAGACAACAGCUACGUCGCUGUCCUCCAUUCAUCGUCCACAGCCUCUUUUCAGCAAUUCUCAUACAUUUACACGUGUCAAACACGCCGUCUCCGUCUAUCAGUAGACUCGCCCACCGACGACUCAGCACCUGCUUAGAAGCCAUCAAAGAUUUGGCACAAGUGUGGGUGGUGGGAAGAACAGUGCUGACAAUGAUUGAAAAGAUUUCAGGUCUCAGCACUGAGGAGAAGCCGUCGCGAUCUAACCAUGGCUCCCGCUCCCCUCUGAAGGGCGAAGUCUUUGUCGACCUUGGAUGUGCUGAUACUUCAGAUCCGGCUUGCAGCCUCAAUAAUGGAAGGCUGCCUACAGAGGUUAAAGAUAGCACUCAAAGACCCCAAGAUUUUCCAAAUUGUGACGAAACACUGCCUUAUUGCGACGAAUAUACCCCAGUAGUCAUAGGCUUCAGUGAAGCGAAUCCCACCAUUCACGACUAUCCUCUACACUCCAACCUCGGUGACCCUCACCCGCAAAUUGGCUAUAGUAGCCUACUCCCCGAUGCAACUGUGCUCUCGGGAUCCAUGCCUGACACAUUCUAUGUUGAGGACACAGCCCGAAUCUGCAACCCAAUGGCAGACAUAACAGCCUUUACAUGGGAUCAGUUUCAGAUAGGUUGGCAACAAGACUACAGUAUUUCAGUGCCUUGGAGUCUGGAGCUUGAUCUUCAAAGCCUAACAGCACCAACAAUAGAUACGGUUUAUCCAGAGUCGGGAUCUUUUAUAGAAACUGGUAAUUAA